CUUAAACCCCUAACCCUAAACCCUAAAACCCUAAACCCUAAACCCUAAACCCUAACCCAGAGUACAACCAGACGAAAACACGAACACAGCGCGUAUCAACAUGGAAUGCAGGGAAAAUCCCAGCAUCACCACCACCGGCGCCACUGCCGCUGCAGUGGCAGUAGCAACUUCUCCCUCCUCAUUCUCUCCUAUAUCAUCCCCGACUGGAUCUUUUUCAUCUUUUCCGCCACGACCUGUUUCAUUUAGUCCUUGUGCUGCAUGCAAAAUCCUCCGCCGGAGAUGUGUCGAUAAAUGUGUAUUGGCACCUUAUUUUCCGCCGUCGGAGCCACUCAAAUUCACCAUUGCUCACAGAGUUUUCGGCGCCAGCAACAUAAUCAAGUUGUUGCAGGAACUUCCUGAAGCUCAAAGAUCAGAUGCUGUGGAUAGUAUGGUUUACGAUGCCAAUGCCAGGUUUAGGGAUCCAGUUUACGGUUGUGCUGGCGCAAUCUGCCAACUUCAGAAGCAAAUCAGUGAGCUGCAAGCAGAACUGGCAAAAUCACAGGCUGAAAUUUUAAACAUCCAAUAUCAAAAUGCCAAUUUGGUGGAAUCCAUCUACCAAAAAAUGUUACAGAAUCAAGAAAACUCCCCUCAAUACCAGCAAGACGAGGAUUCACGAUUCUUUUUGGAUGAAAGCUUUUUGGGUUUGGAACCCCUCUGGACAUGAACAAUAUUUGAAGUGAGAUACUAAGAGGGUUGCUACAUCUAAUUUUUACAUAGUUGAUCCUAGUUGUCUACUAAAAGUGUAUUAUAUUAUGGGAUUUAUAUCUUAAACUAAAAUUCGUCAAGAUGUUUAUCCUAGUUAAUUAGCUAAUUUCUUGUAUUAUUACUUUUCCUAAGGAAAAGAAAAGUCCUGGCAAAGGAAAAUACAUGUUGGAAAGAGAUGUUCACUG